UGUUUUUCACUCUGAAAAUCUAGUCGGAGAGGAUGAGCAUACAAAUCAGCAACACAAGCGGGAAGUGGAAGAAACGGAAAUUUCAACAAAGAUGUUGAAUGGCAACUUAGAUGAACUGAAACUCCGAAAGAUGAGUGUGGUGAACAAAUUGGAGGAUCUACGAGAGAGAAUCAGUAACAAGGGUGCUGAUACUGCAGUACAGAAGCUGGUCAUGCUGUUGAGGUCCUUGAAGGAUCUUGAGAGGCAGGAAUAUCAUUUUCUGUCUAGUCGUGAUGCUAAACAUUCAGAAAUUCAAGCUGAAAUAGGUGAAUUGGAGGGGAAAAUAGCAAAUGGCUGUGAUAGCAAGAUCCUAUUAGAUGGGCUGCAACAUUCUUUAAGUGAAUCGCUUGGAAAACUUGAUUCAGCUAAAAAGGAACUUGCUGCUAAAAUGAGUGAUUUCGUAGCAGUAAAGCGGCAGAUUGAUGACCUACCAUGCCAAUCAGAGCUCAUCCAGUAUGAACAUCGCCUUUCAGAACUGUAUGCUCUUAUCCAGGGAAGACAUAGACAAACUCGUAAAUGCUAUGCCACUUACAAUGCUCUUUUGGAAAUUAAAGAAUUGAUGCUAAAGGAAGCAUCCCUGUUGAAUUCCAUCAUUUCACAGUUUCAAGAGGCCUUUAGUAGCCCUGAUGGUCGUCUGAAACUUAUUAAAUCCAUGGAAGGAAUUGUCAAGGGCAGCCAGCAGAAGCUAGAAAAGGUUCAAGUAGGGCUCCAAGAAGAAGAGAGAAAUCUUGAUGAUGUUAAGAAGCGGUACGCUGCAGCAGUUGGUGCUCAGAAGCGUUGCUAUUCUCUGAUGAAAGCGUUUCAGGAAGAAAUCGCCAUGAAGGAUAAACUUGGGUGUCAAGUUCCGAGCAGAGAUUGUUGACAUUCUUAUGGUCAAGGUGUCCAAAUAGUGUUCGCAGGGUCAGACAAGCGUGCUUCCGUAGUUGGCAUGUAAAGAUGGAAAGUGGAACAUUGGAAUCUUUGCUACUUCAAGUUGCGGCUUCAAUUCUCUCUCUCUCUCUCGCCUCCCCCCCCCCCCCCAAAAAAAAAAAACAACACAAAACACCAAAC